UGGCGCACGCUCUCAGCAGCAGUAUCGACCGCAUAGAAACGAGGCAAACGCGACGCUAUAAACAGCAGUUCGCGUUUCGAGUUCCACCAAGCAGCACACAUAAAGAACCCAAAAAGCAGCUGAAAAUUGAAUUAAAUUCAUUGCGACAAUCUAAAUAAUUGAACAAAGAUGAAACUGCUCGUUGCAUUCGCUUUGAUUGCCAGCCUCGGCGCUCUGGCCCAGGCAGAGGAAGAGUAUUGCCACAACAGCGUGGUUACCGCCUGCUCUUCGUCGACCUUUUCUGCGCUCACGGGCUUUUUCACAGGCGAAAGCAACUCCAUUUGUAAUGCCCGCUUCGCUGGUAUCGAGCACAUCGAGCCCGAGGUCCAGGCCUACAUUAACUCCCAGUUGACCAAGUCCUACGAGUACCUGCUCUUGGCCACCCACUUCAAUUCUUACCAGAAGAACCGCCCCGGCUUCCAGAAGCUCUACCAGGGACUCUCGGACCGCUCCUUUGAGGACAGCAUUGCUCUGAUCAAGCAGAUCACCAAACGUGGUGGCAUCGUGGACUUCAACAGCCGCCACGAGUCUGCCGCCUCCGUCAGCACACAGCGUCCAACUCUGGAGGUUGAUGAGCUGCACUCCCUGGCCCUGGCCCUCGAUAAUGAGAAGCAACUGGCCACCGGAGCCACUCACAUCCACACCCGUGCCAUUCACGCCACCGAGCGCGACCCCGAGAUGGCCCACUACAUUGAGGAGGAGUACCUCGGCAAGCAGGCCGAGUCCGUGCGCAAGCUGUCUGGCUACGCCAACGAUCUCGCCAAGCUGAUGAAGGUGCCGGACCCAUCUCUGUCCAUUUAUCUGUUCGACGAGUAUCUGCAGAAGCAGUAAGAAGCGUUCCCGCUCGAUACAAUCUACACUCAUCUUCCCUACUAAAUUCAGCACUGCGAUGCCUUUCAACCACCUUUAAAUUGAUUUGUGUCCCCCGUUCUAUCAACAAUAAAUCGCAGUGCACAGCAGCAUUAUCAGCAUCAUUAU